CAUGUUCUGGAACUGAUUCUUGCCAAAGCGUUUUUUGUAUGUUUUGGGCCUACAAAAUCUCCCGAGACACCGCUAUUCAAACGUUUUCGAGAGAAGUGGCCAGAAAUAUCUAAGGACAAAGUCAAGGCUUUGACCGUCACGAAGAAGUUCAAGAAGCAAUAGGAAUCUGUGGUCGGUUUCCUCAAAACUUCAACGGAAUGGUCAAGAAAUGACUACAAAGAGCUAAACGACCUGACUUUGUUAGUUUUGGGGAACCGACCCGAAGGUUUCACAUGGAAAAAGCCCGGCCCCAUCCACCACGCCCGAUGGAUGGCCAAGUUGAUUUAUGCGACAAAAAUCUACCUGCUGCGUGAUCAAGGAAGUGCUUUUGAACUCACAGAGGAAGAGGUCAAGCAGUUGCAGCGGUUUGUUCGCUUCGGAGCAUUGCUUUACGUAAAGCCUUGGUUCGAAGCACCACUUGCCGCGGAGGCUGCAUUCAACGAUUUGAAUUUAUGGAGGGAGCUACAAUCAUUUCGUUCUACUGAUCCUGAGCUAGCGGCAGAAACUUCCACCGUCCUGGAACUGCAUUUGUGGUAUAUGUCGGACGAGCUGAUCGGCCUUGCGUUCUUUUCGGAACAGCUGACCACAAGCGAGAAAGCAAGAAUGGUUUCGGCAAUGCAGAAGAAACCCGAAGGCGUCCGAUCAGUGGUUGCCAAUCCGGAACUGCUUACGAACUCCUCCUUUGAUUGCUUUGUGUCCAAACGAACCGCCAAUAUCUUCACCCAGCUGAUGAUUGACGAUUCAUUCGUCCGUCUUCCGCCGGAUGAGUGGAUCGAGAACGAAGCGUACAGGGAUGGACAGCGAGUCGUUCAAAACCUUCAAGUGGUCAACGACUUGGCCGAGCGCGGCGUUAAGCUGUCCAAGGAUUACAACAAGCUUCUUACCAAGGAUGAAGCUGAGAACGAACGUGUGCUGCAGGUUGUCGAACAGAACCGGAAACACAUUGAAACAAACUGCACGAAGACUUGUUUUGAUAAAAUGUUUUCUUAGAUUUUUAUUUUUUAUUGUUGUUUGCGUUACCAUGUUCUGUUACAAUUCAUUGAAUAAUCCUUAAAAUAUCGAUUUCACUUUAUAAAGGCAAAUCUGUAAAAUAACAAAUAAAAAUAAUAUUGGUUGACUCGUAGUUCCACGUAUGUCCCAGCUUCCAAAUAUCUCAGCUGAUUCUUCUUCAUCGCACCUUAUGUGAGGCCUCGGCUUUUCUAUUCUGGAGUAUUCUUUGGAAAAGACUUGUUUUUGAUGCCACAAUACCAGCAGUCGAUGGCCGUUUUCCCUUGCAAAUCAUUUCCUAUUUUUACAGGUUUCUGCCCAUUUUCUUAAUCGCCGUCGAACUCUUGCAGCCAACCCAGUCCGACCUUGGACCCGUUCUUGUGGGUUCCUUUCUGCGUUGACAAUUGGUUUCCGUCAAUUUCGGAUUUGGUUAGACCAUGAUCUGUAUUUUUCUAGUUUUGUCCUUGCCACAGAAAGACCAUUUCUUAUCAUUUUAAAGGAAUAUUGUCAACAAAAGAAAACGACUUGUCAUGAUUUGACAACGUUUCUCAGAUCAUAGUGACCGAUAAGAUAAAAAGACUAUACUUUAGUCCUGGAUUUAACCCUGGAAAAACAACUUAGUUUAAACCACUUAUAACUAAGCCAGUUCUGCUCAGAUCGUUUCGCGAUGUUCUACAAAGUUGUUCCCCAUAAAAAAAUCUAUAAACAGCUUACACAGUAUGUUAUUCGGUCCAGUUUUGGAUUUUUAGAACAAUAAAGUAUAAAAAGUGCCGUUUUCCCCAUACUAACGGGCCCAACAUCCAAUACAAAAUUGAAAUCGCUUGGGCACCUCGAAUUCUGAACCGAAUUGGUUGAAAAUUUCAGGAGAGCUUCUUUAGAUAUGAAACUAUGAUAUUCUGCCCGCCUAUCCGAUC